GUAGCGGCGGAGGCGGCGGGGCGUUGCCUCGCCUCGCCCGCCUUCCCAGCUGCGUCCCCGCGGCCGGCCAGCCGAGCAGCCAGCCAGGGCAGCGGACGGAGGGACGGGCGAGCAGGAUGGCGGCGGCUCCGGCUACCCCGGCGCCGGGCUCCGGGCGGCGGGCUCCGGGGGCGACGUCCGGGAGCUCGUCCGCCCUGCGCGCGCUGGCGCCCGCCUCGCUACUGCUGCUGCCCGCCGAGGCCGAGACCCGGCAGCGCCUCCUGCGCACCGCCAAGAAGGAGGUAAAGCAAAUAAUGGAGGAAGCUGUCACAAGGAAGUUUGUGCACGAGGACAGCAGCCAUAUCAUUUCUUUCUGUGCCGCGGUCGAAGCCUGCGUCCUUCAUGGACUUAAGCGCCGAGCAGCCGGUUUCCUGCGGAGCAACAAGAUGGCUGCCCUGUUUAUGAAGGUGGGCAAGAACUUCCCACCGGCCGAGGAGCUCUCCCGGAAAGUGCAAGACCUGGAGCAACUCAUCGAGAGCACGCGAAACCAGGGCUCCAGCUUGCAGGAAAGCGCUCGCAAAGCUCCGAAGCCCCCCAGCCUCUCCCCACAAGCAGUCAAGCACCUCUGGACCCGGACGGCGCUUUUUGAGAAGGUCCUGGACAAAAUUGUGCACUACCUGGUGGAAAACAGCAGCAAAUACUAUGAGAAGGAGGCUUUACUCAUGGACCCAGUGGAUGGACCAAUCCUGGCCUCUUUGCUAGUGGGUCCUUGUGCCUUGGAGUACACUAAGAUGAAGACGGCUGAUCACUUCUGGACCGAUCCCUCAGCGGACGAGCUGGUCCAAAGACACCGGAUCCACAGCUCCCAUUGCCGGCAAGAAUCGCCCACCAAGCGCCCUGCGCUCUGCAUCCAGAAAAGGCACUCCAGCGGCAGCAUGGAUGACCGGCUUUCCUUGUCCGCCAGGGAUUACGUGGAGUCGCUGCACCAGAACUCCAGGGCCACCCUCCUGUAUGGCAAAAACAAUGUCUUGGUGCAGCCGCGAGAUGACAUGGAAGCCAUUCCGGGCUAUUUAUCGCUUCAUCAGACGGCCGACGUCAUGACACUGAAGUGGACCCCAAACCAGCUGAUGAAUGGCUCCGUGGGAGACCUGGACUAUGAGAAAAGCGUGUACUGGGACUACGCCAUGACCAUUCUCCUGGAAGAGAUUGUAUACCUGCACUGCCACCAGCAGGUAGACAGUGGGGGCACCGUUGUCCUGGUCAGCCAAGAUGGCAUCCAGCGCCCUCCCCUGAGGUUCCCGAAGGGAGGGCAUCUGCUUCAGUUCCUCUCCUGCCUGGAAAACGGCCUGCUGCCCCACGGCCAGCUGGAUCCCCCUCUCUGGUCACAAAGGGGGAAGGGAAAAGUAUUCCCAAGACUGAAGAAGCGCAACCUGCAGGGACCCCCGGAGUCUUCCUCGGACAGGGAAGAAGAAGAGGCCACGGAUUACGUCUUCCGGAUCCUCUAUCCAGGCAUCCAAGAUUUCGCUGCCCAGGAUCUAAUGGACGCGCCUGGGAGCGCCCUCCCCUCCAUGUGGCAGCCGAGCACCCGCAAGGCCUCCUGUUCUUCAUGUGCCCAGGGCGGUUCCAGCGAGAACGGCCUGUCGAACGGCUGCAACCACGAAAGAGCCCCUCUGAAGCUGCUGUGUGACAACAUGAAGUACCAAAUCGUCUCCCGGGCAUUUUAUGGCUGGCUGGCCUACUGCCGACACCUUUCCACCGUCCGGACGCACCUCUCGGCACUGGUCAACCACGCCAUUGUGUCUCCUGAGGUGCCCUGCGAUGCCAGCUCGGGGCUGACGGCGGAGAUCUGGGAGAGGUUUCUCCAGGAUGGCACGAGCUACGAGGAGAAGGAGCUUCUUCGGCUGGUCUACUUCGGAGGAAUCCAGCAUGAGAUCCGGAAAUCCGUCUGGCCUUUCCUGCUGGGACAUUAUCAGUUUGGGAUGUUGGAAGCUGAGAGGAAAGAGGUGGACCUGCAGACCCGCGCCCACUACGAGCAAACCAUGGCCGAGUGGCUGGGCUGCGAGGCCAUCGUCCGGCAGCGGGAGAAGGAGUCACACGCAGCGGCCCUGGCCAAGUGCUCCUCAGGGGCCAGCCUGGACUCCCACAUGGGGCCCCUGAGGCACCGCGACUCCACCAUCAGUAACGGCUCUUCCCAGAGUAGCAGUUUUGGCCCUCAAAACCUCAGCCGGCUGCAGAGCGACUCCAGCGGCAGCACCCAGGUAUUUGAAUCGGUGGAGGAGCUGGAGCCGACGGAAGCAGAGAUGAAGCCGGAGGCCAGCAGGCGAGCGGCUCUGUCCAACGGGGGGGUCCCCGAGGCUGGCUCCUGCUCCCCCGACUCCGGCCACCCUUCCUCCCAGAACUUCUCCGUCGCCUCAGCCUAUUCGGAGCAGAGCUUCAGCACUGAAGAGAGCUGGCCGGAGGGAGGGAAAGGGGGGGCAGCCCAGGCCAGUGGGGAAGGGCCGCCGCCUGCCACGGAGAGCACGCCCCUGGACGGCAAAGGGGAGACGGAAGGGCCCCAGGGGGAAGUCUCUGCUGCCGGGACCCUGGAUGCCUUCAUCGGGAUGGGCCAGGAGCUGCCUGGGAAAGAGGAGGGACCACUCUCCGUGACUGACCGCUGGACCCUCCCCAGUGCAGAGCAGCCGAAUUCAAUGGGGAGCGAAGAUGACCUGUCAGAAGAGCCCGAGAUGGAGAGCCUCUACCCGACACUGGAUUCACACUCGCUGGCUGUCACCGACCUCACCUUAAGCGAAGUCUCCCCCGUCUCCUCCUCGGGGGUGACCUACUCGCCUGAGCUGCUGGACCUCUACACGGUCAACCUGCACCGGAUUGAGAAGGACGUGCAGAGGUGUGACCGGAACUAUUGCUACUUCUCCCCGGCCAAUCUGGAGAAGCUGCGGAACGUCAUGUGCAGCUACAUCUGGCACCAUAUUGACGUGGGCUACGUCCAGGGCAUGUGUGACUUGCUGGCUCCUCUGCUUGUCAUCCUGGACGAGGAAGCCAUGGCCUUCAGCUGCUUCACGGAGCUGAUGAAGAGGAUGAAUCAGAACUUCCCCCACGGAGGAGCCAUGGACACCCACUUUGCCAACAUGCGGUCCCUCAUCCAGAUUCUAGACUCUGAGCUCUUUGAACUGAUGCACCAAAACGGGGAUUACACCCAUUUCUACUUCUGCUAUCGCUGGUUCCUCUUGGAUUUCAAGCGAGAGCUGGUCUACGAGGAUGUCUUCACUGUCUGGGAGACCAUCUGGGCAGCGGCUCAGGUCUCGUCGCCUUGCUACGGCCUCUUCAUCGCCCUGGCCCUGGUGGAGGUCUAUCGGGACAUCAUUCUGGAGAACAACAUGGACUUCACAGACAUCAUCAAGUUCUUCAACGAAAUGGCUGAGCGGCACAACACCAAGCAGAUCCUGCAGCUGGCCCGGGAACUCGUCUCCAAAGUCCAGACGCUCAUUGAAAACAAGUGAUUUGGGAAACUUCUUGCCCACCCAGCAGGGCGGCCACCCUCACCUUCCUGCUCUUGGAGGAUGAAGGAUGCCAAGGAUCUUCCCUGGAGGGUCUUUCCUGGGGUCCCCCCCCCCUGGAAAGGCAGCAGAUGAAAGCCUGGCCUUGCCAGUCUGCCCAGGAGCCGUUUCUGACACUUAACCAAAGAACUCAGCCCCUCCCUCCCCCGUCUUGGUCAGGUGGGCGAGGCAUUCGACCUGGCACAAAGGGGGAGAUGGGGGCCUUGGAGAAGAUGGCAGGAAGUGGCCAGUCCUUAGUUUUCCCCUCUCUUCAGAUCUUCCUGCCAUGCAUGUGAGUUGGGGGCAUGGGACUUUCUCCCCAGAUCUUGUCCCCACCCCACUGGAGGGCCCGGGCUGAUGCUUGCCCUUCGAGCUUGGGAUAGACCGUCCUCACCUUCAGGAUUGGGCUACUAUUGGGGGCCAUCUCUGCCCUCGAGCUUUUCUUGGAGGCCUGCUCCAUCCCCUGGCCUUUGUGCCAAAUUCCUGCUGCCAUAUUGACUGAUGGACUUCUGCUUUCAUGAGAAUGGGACUUGGCUCCCUGCGCUGGUCUGGCAAACUCCUUCUGCUUGGAGCCUCUUGUCCUCUCCUGCUCCAAGGGAGACCUUCUGCCCUGGUUCCCUCCUCCUCUUUCUGACAGGGCAGCGUUUCUCCAGCCAAAGUAGCUCCAUCUUUUCAGUCUGUGGCUGCCGUGGGAUCGUGUCCAUCAACGUCCCCCACUCAUUCUUCUCCUCUAAGGGCACCCUUCAGCCACCUUCUGAAGCAGGUGAAGAGGGCUGCCCACAUGGUCCUGCUGGAGCCCUGCCUCUGCCUUGUCGUCCUGGCCGGCUCCAGAAUCACCAGUCAGCAGGGACCUCGGCUUCUCGGGGAGGGAGGGAGGGAAGGAGGAAGGGUUGGUGGUUUGGUUUCUUUAAACUCAGGUGUUUUUCAAGAGAAGCAAAAUGGGAUUUUGUUACUAUCAAAAUCUGCCAGGAAAAAGCCUCCGCUUGGCCUAAGCAAGUCCCCAUGUUUUUGCUGUGAAAAUGCUUUUCCUGCAAGCCAGAAGACGUUUAGCCAUAGCUGCUGCUCCCCACUUUCGUCCUUCGGAAGGACCCAUCUCCUAAACGCUGCUGCAGUUCCUCAGUGGGCUUCUAAUCGUCCCAUUUCGUUUUGGAGAGGGAAAAGUAACAAAAAGAGCAACUCUUAAAAGCUUCUUCCCUUCUCCGUUCGCUUGCGUGCAUACGUGUUUGUGCAUUUCUGGUACAUAUAAGAUAUAUAUGUAUGUAUAUUUAACAUUGUCUGUUGAACCUAAGCGGAACAUUCUGCCAUUCUUGGUGAUGUCAUUGCUGGACUUCAAAGGAAGGGAGGUCUGCGAUUAUGGCUCAUUUCUAGCUGCUAUUUCUACAGUCGCUUCAAAUGUUAAAGCGGCUGCCUUCUGCAAAUCCCAGGGAAAUUUAGUUCAGGAAAUGGAAGUGGCUGACUUCCAAAUUGUAUAGCCCAAGGAGGAAAUACAGUUGGCAGAAAUAUUAUCGUAGGUGAACAUCUUACAGUUAAGGAGGAAGAUGAUGAUGUUGGGAGUAGCAGGAGGCAAACUGGACUCCCUUUGCACUUCCACAAGCUUUCUCAGUAAAAUACUUUUGGUUUUGGUUGUUGUUUUUUUUUGUGGUCCUGAGAACAGCAAGGCCAUCUCAGUGUGGAGGCGCAAUUCUUGGUGAGAACGCAAGAAAACUCCUGCUCAGGCGACCUGGUCCGUUCUUGGCGGUCUUUCGUUCUCUGAUUCUCUCCACCCCAUUUUACAGAAAAGGGAGCAUUUAGAGACGAAAGUUUCUGGAUUUUUGAAGCCAACUCAUCAAGUGUUUCCUCUGGACUUUUCCUCUGGGCUUUAGGUGGGCAAAAGUGGAAUGUUAGGUAAUCAGUUGGACACCCAAAAGACCCAGUACGUGCGCGAGUGUGUAUGUGUGCAAAAUGUGCAUUUUAAUUGUGCUGGGCUAUCGAAUUUUGAAUGUUGCUCUAGUGAUCUUUCUUAAAAGCACAAUCCUUAAUGAGUGAGUGAGCUGUUCUCGAAAGGGAAAUCUUGUUGCUUUUGAACAAGAAAAUUAAGCCAAUCCCUUUCAUUGACCGUCUGGUCAACGGCUAUGGGGGCAUUUCAUUCUGGACACGAUGAUGCCACAGUAGAGACCAGCUGUGACUCUUGGGUGACCCUCCCCCCCCAAUCUGUAGAGCAGCAGCUAAACUGUUUAUAAGGAGCCAUUGGCAGAGUCCCUGGCAGGGGAUUAGCCCUGGUUCCCCCCCCCCCCAGGAUUCCCUUGGGUGGGCCUGGUGUGUUCAGGUCAGAAGAGAAUCUCACAGAGAGGGUGUCUUGGGCAACGAAGCUUGUAGGACUACAAAGGCCAGCUGAGGAAUUUGUGCCUGGUCCUGGUUGCCGAUGAAGGCAGAGAGCGGACAAUGUCUCUUGGAGAAACGGAACUGCGCGUGUGCGCACGUGGGGGAAACAGUUACAAGUGCAAGGGAGACAUUAUUUAUACGUGUUUUAUGAAUUCUGUGUGUCCUGAGGUCUGUGUGCAUGAAUCUCUAUGCAAACAGAGGUGUAUUUUGUGUCGCUGUCUCAAAAUGUAUCUUGUAAACAUUCUUUAGCAGGAAAUCGUCUUGUAUAUAGCUACAUAUUAUACAGAUAUUAUGGUAGCUCAUGCAUAUAUAUGGGUGAGCAGGUGUGCAUGCACACACACGCACACACAUAUGCAUGCAUAAAAAAGAUGCCUGGAUUAUGCAGUGCAAGAGCUUUUGUGUGAUCUUGAGGACUUCCCUCCCUCUGGUGUGUGUUGAAGGAGUCAGUGAAACAGGUGUUUUUUCUCUUCUGCUUCAGUGUCUUGGAAAAGGAAAUGAUUUGAGGAAAGCUUUCUCAGCUUAUAACAUUACUUUUUAUUGAUAACGGAAGUGAUAUACUGGUUCCCAUAAAAUAUCUGGGAACAAUUUAUAAGUUACGCCCCUUUGGGGAGCAUCCCUGUUAUCAGGGGGCAGAGUCCAUGUUUGAAGCUGCCUUUUUACCCCGAGAUAAGUAACCUUCUGCCAGGUUCAGCAGAAAGAAGCAGCUGUUCCCUUUCUCUGCUACCGUGAGACUUAUUUGGUGGGCGAUGAUAGUUCCACCCCCAGGGAGAGGGGUGGGUGCCGGCCUCAGCUGUACAGAUAAUUCCUCGGGGUGGGGGCUGCGUGCUUGUAUUGUAGGGCAGGGGGAGGCAAAGCUCCCUUUCAGAUAGGGAUUGUCCUGGCUCAGCCUGGUGAUCGCUGACCCCUUUUUGCUGACUUUGCCUUAAAAUAAAACUAAUCCAAUUUACAGCUGGGAAGGCUGGUGGGCAGGACUGGAAACUCCCAAGGGGAUGGGGGUGAAGCAGGAAGGCAAGACAGUUGUUGGCACACACAGCCACACCUUUUGAGCAGCAAGGCCAAUAAGUCUUGAGCAAACAGAUGUCAGUUUCAUCCUUGCUUGCUGUUGCAUUCUUGUGCUGGGGGCAUUUUGGGGUGAUGGGGAUUAGCUAGUUGGAACACCUGAAGAAUGAAUGCAACAAGUCUUGUUUUCUUGCAACUGUGGGUCUGUGUGUGCACAAGUGGGCAUUUGGUGCGCUUCCCAUUCCAGGGGUUUAAUCUGAGGAGUUGAGAUCCCAAGUUUCAAAGCAGGGAAGGCCAGGAACUUUUCAAAGGUGCCUGGUGUUUUUUUUGUUAACCUACAAAGAACUACGGUAGCACACAAAUGAAUUCCCCAAUGCUGGAUGGGCAGAAAAGCUGCAUUGCCUAUUUUCCCUGUCUCCUUGGGGUGUCGAGGGGUGAAUUCCCUGUUUUGCUUCUGGGUUUUGUCUUGCUUUAAGGCAGGGGGUCCCAAAAGAUUAAAUCAAGGCUUCUGUCCUCCAAUUGUGGGCCAGGGAGGUAAAGUGUAACGGGACCUCCCUCCCCAUUCAGGAAGCUGAGAUGCAGGUGAGUGGAGGCUUUUGGUUUCUCCAGCCCCUUCUUGCCCCCCCCCCGCCCGCCCCCAGUAAUGCCAGGAGGUUUCUGGAGAAGAGAGAAAGUGCUGUGAAUGUGUAGCAACUGCUGCCCAACACAAACCGGCUGCUGCUUGUGUGUGUGUGAUGGUGGGGGGAGAGCUUAUUUCAUCCAUUCUGGAAGUGCCUCCUGGCAUCGUCGUUUCUAUGGUUCACGUUUUGUCUGGUUUAAAACAAAAUGCUGCUGGUUUGUUUUGUUUUUUUAAAACUUGUUUGAAUUUUGCCCUUGUGUUCCUUUGCUGUCAUUGACUCGAUCAUGCUUUGGAAUUUUGUUAAUCCUGAGUGUAAUUUGUGUCUGUGGGGCCAGAAAGAAAAAAACAAAAACAAAAGAGAAAGUUAUAUAUAUUGUCUAUGGUUCUAUGUAUUUUCAAAUCCACAGUAAAAGAAAAAGGAAAAAAAGCAG